ACGGAAUGCUGACAGUGGGUUUUUUUUUAAUCUAUACGUAUAGGGUCACGACUUUAGUUCUAUAGACCAUUCGUACGGACUGGCUUGUGUACAAUACCAAUGCAAUGAAAAGGAGGAAACCCGUUUUUGAGUAAAAGGUUAAGGCUGAAAACUUGGAGGUGUGAAUUCAUCAUGAAGUCACCAAUAUGGACGCCGCCAUCUCAAAGACAGGGCCGCUUGUGUGGACAAGUAGUGGCAGCAUCGCUAGUAGCGAUUGUUCCAUAUAUACACAUAGGAAUUGUCAACAAGAUAUUCUGGGUCCCUAACAAACCCCCAGUAAAUCGGACACACUGUCAAUGUGACUGCUUCGAUACCGUCUUCAAAGGUUCUUACGAAAGACUGGGGAAAACAUCAUAUAAACACAUCUACUUCAACGCUACGUUUGAAAUGCUCCUCAUAUGGGUCCUGACCCUGGGAUGUAUCAUUUUCUCUUACGAAGCCUUCAAGCGUCUCUAUAACCUUUACCACGCGGGUAUUCUAAGAUGGAGAAUGGUAGCACUUUUUAUCUUAGACAUAUAUCCGAACUAUUACUCAUUUUGGAUGUUUGUCAAUUACACGAAUGAUGGAUUUUACAAACAGUUUUUGCACCAACUUUUCUUCACAGUUACAGAACUAUUUUCCACGUGGAACGUUUUCCGGUUGUGUUCUAAGGAUUGUGACGUAGACUCUGUGAGCGCAUUAGGGAUUAUUUCUAUGAGUCUUAUUCACAUUUUGUUGGGUGGAGUUGAUCAAUUCUUCGCACAGUUGAUACUAUGGAGAGACCAACCAUUUCAAAGGUUUCGGAAUCUGGGAUUCAUCCUCCCUGAUGUUUUACAUGUAGUGAUUACUAUUCAAUUACUUGCCAAGGAAAGACGCACGAAGUGGACAAGGGCGUUAACUCCGACAGAGUACAAAACCUUGGCAGGAGUUGUGUCUCUUGGGUUUUUAAUAGGGAAAUUUGUGUUUUAAUUACUGUUGAUAUUCAUAAACAGAAAAAAACAAACUCCUUGUUUUUUGCAUAUAUGAUUAUUUAUUAUAAAAUUAGAAACCAGCUGUUUACACAAAAUAAAAUGAAUUCAUAAAAACUUGAUGAUUUACAUGACAUGCAUGAUUAGCUUUCUAUUGUUGUAUGCACAAACGAAUUCAUAUGAUCACCUUUCCUUGUCUUUAUAAGGUUUACACAUUAAACCAAUGAUAUUGGA